GGCAGGAAGGCGGUGCGGUCGGGCGGCCAUUUUGUGGCGCUGCUCGGUCGCUGGCGCCGGGCUCAGCGGCGAGUUGGUUUCAUUCUAACCCUUUUUUCCCGUACAGGCUCCUCGUCUAAAAGUUGGUUUUAAUUGGUUGCCCACAGGAUUGACUUGGCUUCUGCUACUUGUUAAGGAAAAAAAAAACAUCUCUCCUUGCAGGUGUGUGUAUUUCAGCGCAGCAUGGCUGUGGUCAUCCGCUUACAAGGUCUCCCAAUUGUGGCGGGGACUAUGGACAUUCGUCACUUCUUCUCUGGAUUGACCAUUCCUGAUGGGGGCGUGCAUAUUGUAGGGGGUGAGCUGGGUGAGGCUUUCAUCGUCUUUGCCACUGAUGAAGAUGCAAGGCUUGGUAUGAUGCGCACAGGUGGUACCAUUAAAGGGUCCAAAGUCACACUGUUGCUAAGCAGUAAAACUGAAAUGCAAAAUAUGAUUGAACUCAGUCGUAGGCGUUUUGAAACAGCAAAUCUAGAUAUGCCACCAGCAAAUGCUAGCAGAUCUGUUCCACCACCUAGUUCUGGAAUAAGUAGUAGGGUGACUCUUUCUACUACAGUAUCUAAUUUCAACAGCCCCUCUCCUAGUGUAGUAACUGCAGCUACUUCAGUUCACGAAAGCAGCAAAAACAUACCAACGUUUUCCACUGCCAGUAUGGGAACUGCACCUCCCAAUUUGGGUGUUACUUUUGGAAGUCCCACAUUUAGCUCUACUAUAUCUAGUACUGCAUCCCCAAUGAACACAGUACCACCUCCACCAAUACCUCCUAUUCCAGCUCUACCAUCAUUGCCCCCAAUGCCUUCUAUUCCUCCCAUACCCGUUCCACCUCCUGUUCCUACAUUGCCUCCUGUGCCUCCUGUCCCCCCAAUACCUCCUGUGCCUCCUGUACCACCUAUGACACCUCUGCCUCCUUUAUCAGGAAUGCCUCCUAUGAAUCCCCCACCUGUUGCUCCUUUGCCUGCUGGAAUGAAUGGGUCUGGAACAGCAUUGAAUCUAAGCAGUAACUUGAACCCGAUGUUCAUGAAUCCUAUAAAUGCUAUUCAGAUCAGUUCUCAAAGUAGUGUGAAAUCUCUUCCUAUCAAUCCAGACGAUUUGUAUGUCAGUGUUCAUGGAAUGCCAUUUUCAGCAACAGAAUCUGAUGUCAAAGAUUUUUUCCAUGGACUCCGUGUGGAUGCAGUGCACAUACUGAAAGAUCAUGUGGGACGUAAUAAUGGAAAUGGACUAGUUAAGUUUUGCUCUCCUCAAGAUACAUUUGAAGCCUUGAAAAGAAACAGGAUGCUGAUGAUUCAGCGUUAUGUUGAAGUUAGUCCUGCAACAGAGAGACAGUGGGUUUCUGCAGGAGGUCAUAUAACAUUCAAGCAAACUAUGGGUCCUUCCGGACAAAACCAUCCUCAAACUCUCUCUAUGUCCAAAUCUCCUAAUGGGCAGAAAAGAUCAAGAUCCAGAUCUCCACAUGAUCAGGGCUUCUGUGUUUAUUUGAAAGGUCUUCCCUUUGAAUCUGAGAACAAACAUGUAAUAGAUUUCUUUAAAAAACUAGAUAUUGUGGAAGACAGUAUUUACAUAGCUUAUGGACCCAAUGGGAAAGCACUUGGUGAAGGUUUUGUUGAAUUCAGGAAUGAAACUGACUACAAAGCAGCUUUAUGUCAUCAUAAGCAGUACAUAGGAAAUCGUUUCAUUCAAGUUCAUCCCAUAACUAAAAAAGCUAUGUUAGAAAAAAUAGAUAUGAUUCGAAAAAGACUACAGAAUUUCAACUAUGAUCAGAGAGAAAUUAUGAUAAAUGCAGAAGGAGAAACAAGCCCUUCUAAACUCUGUGCUCAUAUAUCUAAUAUCCCCUACAAUAUUACCAAAAUGGAAAUUCUUCAGUUUCUUGAGGGGCUGGCCAUAGAGGAGAACUCUAUACAGAUACUUGUUGAUACUAAUGGGCAAGGAUUAGGACAAGCACUGGUCCAGUUCAAAACUGAAGAAGAUGCUCGUAAGUCAGAGCGCCUACAUCGAAAGAAACUGAAUGGAAGAGAUGUUGUGUUAAGAGUGAUUUCUCUUGAAGAAAUGAGAGAAAUUGAGAGAAAUCCUCCCUCUCAAGGGAAAAAAAUGUUGAAAAUGCCAUUGCAAGGGAAUACAGCAAUGCCAGGAGUACAGAAUGCUGGUGGGGAUGAGCAUUCUUUCAUAAGUAGUAGUUCAAAAGAUGCAAAGAGUGGUCCUCCUUUUCAUUUUCCCAGCAAUUUCAGUGGUUCUAAUGCAUUUGGUCCUCCUCUUCCACCACCAGGAAUAGGAGGAGGUGGUUUUGGUGACUCCAGGCCAGGAAUGCCUUCUAUUGGAAGCAGUGGCUUGCCUGUCCUGCCUGGUACAGGUAUUGAUGUCCCAGGUUUUGGAGGUGGGCCUAGUAAUUUAACUGGGCCGUCUGGUUUUGGAGGAGGUCCUCAAAACUUUGGAAAUGGUCCUGGUAAUUUAACUGGUCCUCCUAGUUUUGGUAGUGGACCUCCAGGUCUUAGUAGUGGGCUUGGACACUUAAGUGGACCUCCAGGGUUUGGGCCUGGACCUGGAAACUUGCAUAUUGCUGGGCCACCUGGAUUUGGAGCUGGCUCUGGUAAGCCAGGGCCGACUGUCAUUAAAGUUCAGAAUAUGCCCUUUACUGUAUCAGUGGAUGAAAUUUUGGAUUUUUUCUAUGGUUAUCAAGUAAUCCCAGGUUCAGUGUGCUUAAAAUACAAUGAGAAAGGCAUGCCUACAGGUGAAGCAAUGGUUGCAUUUGAGUCUCGUGAUGAAGCAAUGGCAGCUGUUGUUGAUCUGAAUGACAGACCAAUAGGCUCAAGAAAAGUCAAACUUAUGGCUCACUGUGUGACCAAGGUGGAACUGUCCAUAUCCUGUGACAACCUGAUUGACAAAGAUGUUGGCUCAAAAUCUGAUCCUCUGUGUGUCUUGCUUCAAAAUGUUGGUGGCGAUCAGUGGACUGAAUUGGAUCGAACUGAAAAAAUAAAGAAUUGCCAGAAUCCUCAAUUUUCAAAAAAGCUGCUAAUUGACUACUAUUUUGAGAAAGUUCAGAAGCUGAAAUUUGGUAUAUAUGAUAUUGAUAAUAAGUCAUAUGACUUAAGUGAUGAUGAUUACCUUGGAGGAGCUGAAUGUACCCUGGGUCAGAUUGUAUCAAGUAAAAUACUUGUUCAGUCUUUAAUGUUGAAGAAAGGAAAGCCUGCAGGAAAAGGCAUUAUUACGAUUUGUGCAGAAGAGAUUAAAGAUACCAGAGUUGUUUCUAUUGAUGUUGAAGCUCGGAAUUUAGACAAAAAGGACUUUUUAGGCAAAUCGGAUCCAUUUUUGGAAUUCUAUAAACAGAGUGAUAGUGGAAAAUGGCAGCUUGUGUACCGAUCAGAGGUAAUUAAGAACAAUUUAAACCCUUGCUGGAGAAAGUUCAGUGUUCCUUUGCAAACAUUUUGUAGUGGUGACUUCAACAGACAAAUCAAGGUGCACUGUUAUGAUUAUGAUAGUGAUGGGUCACAUGAUUUAAUAGGCAGUUUUGAAAGUAUCCUGUCCCAGCUACAGAAGGCAGGUGACAGCUCUCCGAUUGAAUUUGAAUGUAUUCACCCUGAAAAAAAAAGAAAAAAGAAGAGUUACAAAAACUCUGGCAUUAUUAGAUUAAAAUCCUGCAAGAUUGAAACAGAAUAUUCGUUCCUGGAUUAUAUCAUGGGUGGUUGCCAAAUUAAUUUCACUGUGGGGAUAGAUUUUACUGGUUCCAAUGGAGAUCCAAAAUCACCAGAUUCUCUUCACUAUAUUAGUCCAAAUGGGAUAAAUGAAUAUCUCACUGCUAUCUGGAGUGUGGGUGGCGUGGUCCAGGAUUAUGACACUGAUAAGCUGUUCCCUGCCUUUGGGUUUGGAGCUCAAGUUCCUCCAGAUUGGCAGGUUUCCCAUGAAUUUGCAUUGAACUUUAAUCCCACAAAUCCUUAUUGCCAAGGAAUCCAAGGAAUUAUAGAUGCCUAUAGACAGGCCUUGCCUCAGAUUCGUCUCUAUGGUCCAACAAACUUCUCUCCAAUUAUAAAUCAUGUUGCUAGGUUUGCUGCUCAUUCAACACAAGAAAGGACUGCUUCUCAAUACUAUGUCUUACUGAUAAUCACAGAUGGGGAAAUAACUGAUCUGGACCAAACUAGGCAAGCCAUUGUAAAUGCCUCCAAGCUGCCCAUGUCUAUCAUUAUCAUUGGUGUUGGCAGUGCUGAGUUCAAAGCCAUGGAAUUUUUGGAUGGGGAUGACGGUGUCCUGAAGUCGUUGGCAGGGGAGCCAGCUGCACGAGAUAUUGUCCAGUUCGUGCCUUUCAGACAGUUCCAAAAUGCUCCUCGAGAGGCACUUUCCCAGGCAGUAUUGGCUGAAAUUCCUAAACAACUAGUCUCCUACUUCAAGAAAGCUGGCAUGGCUCCUCUAAAAUUGCCUUCAGAAAAGCAGCCAUAAAGUGAAGAAUAUCUUUAUUGUUUAAAUUAACAGUAAAGAAAAUAAUAUUGCAGAUAAAAUGUUUAAUAAUGAAUAGUAUUUAUCUUCUGGCAUAUAAUAACACUGCAUUCAAAACAUUUCUGUGGUUUCUGUGUAUAUUGCUCAUGUUGUAUGCAGAAAAUGUAUAGGAAUUCUCAUGACUAUUUUUUCUCAAAUCAUAAUGCUAUGUAGCGUGGGAUCAAAUUAAGAAACUUGGGUUUAGAACAAGAUUAAAACUUUGUAGUAUAUUUUUUCUGUUGAAAUUGUACCACCUGAAUGGGGUUUUAGCAGUGGUUUUGGGAAGGUGAUGGUACUUACUAGAUCACUAAAUGGUUGAUGGUUCCUGUGUUUGUACCCUCACACCUUUCCUUAUUAGCCAUAACCCUAAGCUCUUUUCUGGUUAUUUUUUAAAGGAAAUUAUGAUCAUGCAGAAGUAGUUGUUGGAACUUUGAUACUAUAUUAUUUUUUUAGCACAAGCCUAUAUUUUGUGCAAGAUAAUACCUCUUCUGAUUACAAGAAUGUCAGAUAUGUUACACAUAUCAAAAAUUCACUAAAAUAGUUGACCUAUGCACGAUUUCUUUCCCUAAUUUGAAUGCUAUGAAAAUCUAGCUGCUGUGAACCUUUUCUGUGUAUAUGUAUGUAUGUAUAUAUAUAAAUCAUUUAUUAUAUAUUGCUGGACAUUUCUUCUGUCAGUAGAAAGACAAAUUUCUUGCACUGAUAUAGCAUUGCCUUAAUUUUUGUGUGCCUUUAUGAAAUGCCAAAGAUUUAAAACUAUUUUCUUCAUAAAGGAAUUUUAAUAUACAUUUCCAAAACCUGAAUACAUAUCAAUGUUUAAUUUUUUAAAUGAUGCUAUUUGCAUUCAGACUUGUUUCUCAAAGGCAUUUUGGUCCUUAUGUUUCAGAUUAUGAGUAUUUUAAAAUAUAUUUCAGAUAACGUAUUUCACUGAUACUCAGUGGAGAACUAGCAGGAAAACAUGAGUAUAAUUUUCAAGAAUUGCUGUGCCACUGAUCCAUGACCUUCCUAAUUACAAGACCCUCAGAUGCUUUCAGUUAUAGCAAAAACUAUUUUAUAUUAAAUAAUUUCAGUUGUAUUUUUGGAAAGUUCAUUUCAUAUUUUCUAUAACUUUGGGGUAUGAAAGCUUUUUAAAAGAAAGUACAUAUCUUAUUGAUUUAAAGGAAAAUGUGUUUGAAUAACUUUAAUGAUUAAUAAUAUCAAGUAUUAUUUACAAAUCCAAACAUAAGGAAAUUAAAUCUGUGCUUAUAUAGUGAAAUAGCCUAAUGCUGAAAUUGCAGUUUGAUCCAAAUAGAGCUGCUUUCUUAGUGAAUACAUCAAGCUCUAACAUGCUUAAAAUAUAAUCACAUUAUUUAUCAUGUUACAUUUCAGUUGAAAUGAACUCUAUAAUAGUGAUAUAGUGUCCAUUUUCAAACCCUUGAGAAAAGUUGCUUUGACUGUACUUUCUAGAGAGGUCUAGACCUAUUCUCUAUCACAAUAGAUCACAGGACACAUAUAAUAAAUUUAAGUUUUAGGGAGGCUGUUUCCAUAGUUCAAUCGUGGAACCAGUUAUGAGAGAAGAGAUUAUAUUUGUUUUGCUUUGGGAUCUUUUAGGAUUUCUCAUUUGACAGGGGUUUGGAUUCAAUUUCUAAGGCUUACUCUACACUCAUACCAGAAUGGUCACAGUUGAUUUCUAAGAUGGUAAAAUAGAUCAUACCAAUUUAGACUGUAGGUGGGAAGCAUUCAGUAAUUUUAAUAAUUAUUUAUAUUAAAAUUAAAUAUUUCUCUGAAGUAGGAAAUAAGAGUGCUUUUUUAUUUGGAGGAGCAUUCAGAAGGUAUUCUUACCCUAGCACUCCCAAAUUAUAGAACCCCUUUUCUAUCUGUCUCAAGUAUUGUUAUAACGUUCUGCUGCAUGUGUAUACCAUGUUUCAAAUUGGGUUUCAAUGGGAAAUUUAUUUCUUUUUAAAUGGUAUAUUGUGGAAAAAAAUUAAAUUAUAAUGGGGUACAGGAAGUCCCCAGUUUAAGAACAAAUUCCGUUCCCAAGAUCUGUCCUUAAGUCGAAUGUUUAUGUAAGCCAGAACAGAUUUUUUGUAUAAUACUAUGUGAGUAGUAUUAUGUAAUGAACUCAGACUAUUGUCUAUCUAACUUGAAUCAGUGUGUAUUUAACUCGAAUUUUACUACAAUAGGCUCUGUUCUUGUGGGAGAUCAAGGGUAUCAGGAAGAAGGGGGUGCAUUCCAGGAGGGGGGAGGAGGCAAGAGGCAGCAUAGUCCACAGGGGGAUUGUGAGAACAGAAAGAGA